UUGCGUGCCUCCAAUCCACACCAUCCCCUUGGUUGUCAACACUAGUAGAUAUAGAGAUAUAUAAAUACCAUCCCUAAAAAUUUUUCUCUUUUAAUAAUAGUCUAAAUAUUUCCGGCAAUAUUAAAAAAAAAUUUUUUUUUCGAUCCUAAAUAUUGACAAUAAUAAAUAAUAAAUAUCGGACACGAUAUAUGUGCGCUGAUAUAUAAUUACUACUGAAUAUUAUGUUAUUUAUGUGACUUUAUGUGACUUCAAAGAUAUUAACAUGCGCUCAGUAAUCUUACUAGUUCUUAUUGUAGCCGCGAGAGAAACCGUUCAGGCGAACAUCAAAGUGGAUCCGGCAACGUUGCCGGUCUUCCUCACCUCCAGCCAAGUGUUCAAAGUGAAGGAGCAUGACAGGGUUGUGCUGCCUUGCGAAGUGACAAACCUUGGUUUGUACAUAUUGGCAUGGAAAAAAGGCAUUGCAGUGUUGUCAGCUGGUUCAGUAAAGGUUUCUCCUGAUCCAAGGGUUAGUUUGAUCAAUGGCUUUAACCUUGAAAUACGAGACGCCGGUUUACAAGAUGCUGGGGACUACGUCUGUCAAAUUGGUACAUUGGAACCAAGAGAGAUUACUCACACGUUAGAGAUAUUAGUACCUCCAGAAAUCACUUACGUGACAUCAAACGGUCGUGUUGAAGUCAAAAAAGGCACAGUGGUUGACCUAGAGUGUCGUGCUUCCGGAAACCCUUCUCCAAAAAUCACCUGGUCCAGGAAGAACAACUUACUUCCCGGGGGUGAACAGACUAGUAUCACAUCAGUUCUUUCUCUGGAUAAAGUGGAUAGGCAUCAUGCUGGAAUGUACCAGUGUACUGCCAGUAAUGGUAUUGGAGAAGACGCAGUCCAGCAGAUAUUCCUUCAUGUUCUGUACCCGCCCGAGAUUUCCGUGGAGAAUCCAGUAGUUCAUUCUGCCGAGGGCUACGAGGCACAGCUGGUUUGCAUCGUCCAUGGAGAGACCCAACCCGAGGUUUUAUGGUACAGGGAUACGAUGCAACUGGACACUACGGAGACCCGGAUAAUGGAGUCCAGAGGGUCUAGACACACGCUCGUUAUCCGUAAAGUGCACAGGACGGAUUUCGGAAAUUACACUUGCGUCGCGGACAAUCAGCUCGGAAAAACUAGGAAAAGCAUCCAAUUAACCGGUAAGCCAAAAGCUGCUAUCUUCAAAAGCUCCACGAUGGGACAUUACAGGGAGAGGUACAAUAUAAGUUGGGAAGUAGAAUCUCUCAGUCCUAUUGAAGAAUAUCAACUGCUGUUUCGAAGAAUACCAGACGGGUGGUCUACGUCGUACACUGAAGAUGGACUACCUUUACCUCUUCAUCAUCAGGGUCAGAAGAAAUUCGGACAAAAGGAGAACCGUACGUACUCCGCGGUGGGUUACAGCGUAGGCUACGGCUACACUCGGUCCACUAAGGGUCAUUCUGAAUGGAGCAAUGUCAUUCUGCCGGCCUCUCAAUCAUCCACCAUUGGGGUGCAGUCGAUGAGCUACGUCAUCAGGGGUCUGGAGCCUGGACAACAAUACGAGGCCAAGGUACAGGCCAGGAAUAAGUUUGGAUGGAGUCCUGUGUCGAAAUCCUUUACCUUUCAAACAACUAGCAGAGAAAAUGCAUUUAUGGACCUUGGCCAUCAUUUUGGGUCAAAUGAACCAAGUCCUGUAGAGAACUUUUUUGGUAUAAAAAGUCUAAACAAAGUAUCUCUGGUUACAAGUACUCCACUCGCUCUAGUUUUUGGAGUUUUAAUCUUAAGUAUACUCUAAAUAUAAACUAAAGUUUUAUAAAACUUACAUAUAGUUAUGUUUUAAAAGUUUCAUUUUAAAUUUUAUUUACUGAAACAGUAUUGUCUGUAUAAUUUUUUAAAUAUAAAUAAAUAGCAGAAUUGUAAACAAAAAUAUACUUUUUUAAAUCGUAUUGUGUCAGAUGUCGUCAAUGGGUCCAAUUUUUAUUCGAAAGUUUUAUAUUUUUGUAUGCCGGAUAUUUUGAGUUGAAAAAUGCAGCACAUGCAUGUUAAAUUUUUGUAGGGCUUUUUUCAUUUUUAAACUUUUUUAUUAUAUAUUAAAUUAUAAUUCAACAUUUUUAGUUAUAUUUUUUUAUAUACCAUAUGGGACAGAAGGAAAAUUAUAGUACACUCUUAAACGUUCUUUAUUAACCGCUAAUAAAAUUUAGUUUUUUGAGAAACUUUGGGACAGCAUAUUCUACAGAUAAAAAAAUUGAAUAAUGAAGUUCAUGAAAUAACGCAGAUAUUUGUGGAUAUUUGAUAUUGAUUUGGUUGUCUAAUAUGACUCCUACUUGUAGAAGACGCCUCCUACAUA